GAGCAUGUCAUUGGGGCGGGCAGCCCCUCGGCGCCGCGUGGCGAGCCGGGGACUGUAGUUCUGGGGCGGGAGUUGGGCGGAUACAAUUGGGGUCCUUCCUCAGUCGAGGCUUUAUUGCCGCCCGUCCGCCUCGGGCGGCGGGGACAGCCGGAGGAAGCGCAGGGCAGAUGAUGGCUGAGUUGAAGAUGGUGAAGCUUACAUGAGAUGCCUAUAGAUGCUUAUGGUGAUCAGUAGUAGCGCAGAUGAAAUAAGCACCUCCUAAGGUGGAAAUGAUAUAAAGUAUGAACUAGUCUAGAGAAGCAAGUCAAUCCCGGUUUGUUAGUGUCUUGGUGGCUUGAUGGGUCUCACUAUCUAAACCAAAGCCAUCUUUCUACCAAAGCAAUAAAGGGACAGUGCACAGUCUGCCUACAGAAUGCUAUUUCCAAAGAAGUGAACUGUGAGGAAAGGACUCAUGAAUUUUGAUCACGGGGGCUUGGAGAGCGUCUCUGAAGUCUGCUCCAGUGAGGACCUUCCUGAGGUAGAGUUGGUGAGCAUGCUAGAAGAACAGUUGCCAGAUUACAAGUUAAGAGUGGAUUCUCUGUAUCUGUAUGAAAAUCAAGACUGGAUUCAGUCCCCUGCCCGCCAUGGCCAUCUUUCUAAAAUCACUUCUCCUGUUCUUGAUGAAGAGCCCUUCCAUUACAUGAUUCAUGGCACAGAUAAUGUGGAGCAGAAGACCUACGGUGAUGCUGACAUGAUUAAACAUCUAUUAGCUGAGAAAGAUCGUGAUCUGGAGUUAGCAGCUCGAAUUGGACAAGCUCUUCUUAAGAGAAACCAUCUGCUGACAGAACAGAAUGAAUCACUAGAAGAGCAAUUAGGACAAACUCUAGAUCGAGUUAACCAGCUGCAGCAUGAAUUGUCAAAGAAGGAUGACCUGCUUCGUAUUGUUUCAAUUGCUUCUGAGGAGAGCGAAACAGAUUCCAGCUGUUCCACUCCACUUCGUUUCAAUGAGUCUUUCAAUGUGUCACAUGAUUUGUUGCAACUGGAUGUCUUGCAAGAUAAACUCAGAGAGCUGGAAGAGGAGAACCUUGCUCUGCGAUCGAAGGCUUGCCACCUGAAGACAGAAACCAUUACCUACGAAGAGAAGGAACAGCAACUGGUCAAUGACUGUGUCAAGGAGCUCCGGCAAACAAAUGCUCAUAUUUCCAGAAUAACAGAGGAGUUGUCAGAGAAGAGUGAGGAGGUGGUUCGCUACCAAGAAGAGAUCUCAUCUCUCUUGUCUCAGAUUGUUGAUCUUCAACAUAAACUCAAAGAACACGUGAUUGAAAAGGAGGAGCUGAAACUUCACCUACAGGCUUCCAAAGAUGCUCAGAGGCAACUAACAGCAGAGCUACACGAGCUGCAAGAUCGGAAUGCAGAGUGUCUGGGGAUGUUGCACGAAUCACAAGAAGAAGUGAAGUUGCUGCGCAGCAAAGCUAGCGCUGUUGCUUGUCUCUGCCACCCCCAGUCAAGUGGAGCAUUUCCUGUGGAUUCCAUUGCAGCAGAAAUUGAAGGGACAAUGCGGAGGGAGCUGAGUCAGGGUGAUGAAUCUGUUCUCUCCAAGCAAAAGGAUCAACAGAAACGAGUGUUUGACACUGUCAAGGUUGCUAAUGUCACUCGUGGCCGCUGCUCUUCCUUUCCUGCCCCAUUGCCAAUCCCUGGAUCUAAUCGGUCAAGUGUUGUUAUGACAGCAAAGCCCUUCCAGUCUGGCAUAUGCCAUUUGGAAAGCCGUGCAUGGAUGACCCAGAGGAGCAGCUCUGAGAAGAAUCUGAAAGACACUGGCCAGCUGGGAACCCUUGGAGACAAUGACGUAGCCACAGCUCUGCACAGACUCUCCCUCCGUCGUCAGAACUACCUGAGUGAGAAGCAGUUCUUUGAAGAAUGGGAGCAAAAAACGCAUUUACAAAUGGCUGAGCAGAAAGAAGGAGCUAGCGGCUGCAGUACACCGACAGAAAGCUGUUUUUCCCUGGGUACAAACUCAGAAUUCACUGAUCUUUCUGCCAGCUCUAGUAACCUCCGUGUCCUCCUGCCAGAAAAACUGCAAAUUGUUAAACCUAUUGAAGGAUCUCAGACCCUUUUCCACUGGCAGCAGCUUGCUCGACCAAACUUAGGUACUAUUCUUGACCCAAGACCAGGUGUUGUUACAAAGGGUUUUACUCCUCUGUCUGAUGAUGCUAUGCACCACAUCUCUGACUUGGAAGAGGAUGAUGAUGAGGAAGGUGAAGGAGGUAUUACAUUUCAAGUGCAACAGUCCUUCUCAGAGGGAAAGAAAUGUACAGCGGCUCAGCCAGUGUCAGGGAUUUUCCUACCAGCUGUCACUUCAGCAGCAGUACCUCUCACUGCCUCAAAUCCAGGGAAGUGCCUGUCUUCCACAAAUUCCACAUUUACUUUCACUACCUGUAGAAUCCUCCACCCGUCUGAUGUCACUCAAGUAACUCCCAGUUCCAUAGGCACCCCAUCCUCAUUCGGAAAUAGCAGCAGCACUAUUGGAAACCCAGCAGUGAGCGCUCCAGCUGUGUCUUACAGACUCAGUACUGGGGAGUUUCUCACCAAUAGAAGAGAUUCAACUACUACCUUCAGCAGCACAAGCAGCCUGGCCAAAAUGCUGCAAGAACGAGGCAUUUCUGCCAAAGUUUACGAUAGCCCCAUAUUAGAAAAACUGCCUUUGCUGCAGCCCCCUCGAACUCUCCCCAUUCCUUCUACUCCACCAAAUUCCCCCUCACAUUCGCCUUGUCCUUCCCCUCCACCGUUUGAGUCUCGAGGACAUCACUCAGAAAAUUUCCUGGCUUCUCGACCAGCAGAAACAUUCUUGCAAGAAAUGUAUGGCCUAAAGCCCUCCCGUAAUUCUCCAGAUGUUGUAGGCCAGAUGAAGAUGAACCUGGUGGACAGACUGAAGAGGUUGGGCAUUGCCAGGGUGAUCAAGCCUCCUGAGACACAAGACCACAGCAAGAAUCAGGGGCUAGAAACUGGCAUGCAGAGGAAGGACUCAGCUGUAUUUCUAAAUGCAGGUAGCAACUUAAUGGCAGGGCUGAGAAGAAACCAGAGUCUUCCAGUCAUGAUUGGAGCGUUGGGAGCUCCAGUUUGCAUACAGUCAUCAAAAGUAAAUAGCUUAAAGGAGGACUGACUGCUCUGAAAAACGAUUGGCUUCUAGCAUAAGACAUACAUGAGGGAUAAACAUCCAGUACAGGCAUCAUUAGAUGUGUCACAGGAGAGUUGCAGAAGGCAGGGGCAUGUUAAAGAUGUGGGAGAGGGAAGUAUUGGGAUGAAGGAAGAAAACACUGUUGGCUUGGUUUUGAUGAAGAAGGCUUUUGUGGAAGACAAGAAACCAAAGCUUAGUUUUGACACCACUUUUAGCAUCUGUCUGAACUUAACGCAAAAAUAAGAGGCUGUUGUAGACAUUCUCAGCAUUUCAACCUUUUAACCUGUAUGCAUAGAACUGUCUUGCUGGGGGCAUUCUGGUUUUUCCCACUACAUAGCUGUAGUAUUUUACUAAUCAUUAGCAGUCAGGUCGUAUAGCUUAAUUAUAACAUUAAAAGGUCAGUCUAAGUAGCAUUAUUGGUCCAAGUUCCUGUCUGUAGCUAACAAAUAUAAAAACUUGGAUUUAUUUUUUAUCCUUGUAUUUUCCAUUUAAGAAAAUGUACUGUUUUGAACUCCCUGAUGUCAGAAGCAGGGAAGAAAACCUUUACCUGUAAGGAAGCAAUACUUCUGUUUAUGAACACAGCAGCUGGUGGUCAGGAUUUAUAUUUUGAAAGUGCAAUUGUGGUGGUAGUGAAGUAUUAACAGAAGUUAAUUUCUUUCAAGAGCUUCUGGAGCUCAGAGAGGAAGGUGCAAUGAAUGAGAACCAAGAAGCAGGAUAGCAGCAUGUGUAUUGAGGUGAAAAUUUUCCUUCUCAGAAAUCCUCCAAGGCGUGCUGUGUGUCUUUUUAAAUGAAAGCAUUUUUGCACACACACAUGCACACAAAAAAUAUCUCAGGCACAUUUCAGUAUUGCAAAAGGAAGUAAAAUAUAGGUGCUUGAUUCAGGGUUUCUAUUUAACAUAAGUAGAGAGCUUCUACUUUAAGACAAGUGUCAAAAAGUCAGUAACCUGACUUUAGGUAGACGUUCUGUGUAUUUGACAGCUCUGCAGUAACAUCCACACUUUUCAUUACUAAUUUCUGAUUUUAGGCAGCAUUUUGUUAAUGAAGUCUUUUAAAGAGCAGAAUUUACCAGACUCUUUUUAGUAACAGGCAGAUGAAAGCUAGUGUUCUGUAGCAUUCUGAUGAACAUAAACUAGUUUUGUCUAUGUUGAAAUCCAGUGUUUUGAUGAUGGAGGGUGGUUCUGACCUUGAUUCUGAACAAAGUUGAGGCAGACUUUGUCACAAAAGUCCAUUUUAAAAAUCUGAUUUCUGAGUUGCAGUCAGCUUUUUUGAUUCCUUCCUGUCCAAGGCUUUAGUCUUCACUGAAUAAUCUACAAUAGAUUUAUAGUGUAACUUAAAGGGAAAAAAAAAAAGCCUGCCCAGAAUUCCUCGUUGGAAAGUGUCCUCACUAGUGACUUGAAUGGAAACAGGUUCUUUGUGUAAUUUUUCAUUGUACCUAUCAGCAUUAAAAAAAAAAAUCUUAGUUUCCAUACAAUUAGGUAAAACAGUCAGCAUUUACUUGUUACUGUGCAUGUGAGACAUAGCUGGUACCUGCCUGGGCACAUGGUGUCAAGCAGCAAUGUCACUUCGUCCCGGUUGGCAUUUGCCAUAAGGCAUGAGCACCCUUGUUGCUGCAGGGAUGAGUGAAGUAGGGCGCAAAAAGAAAGCUUCUUAACCAGGUUUAUUGGAAAUUUGUAAUGUGGCCUUUCUGCUUUUACAGUUCUGUAGGUCUUGUGAUGAGUCUUUGAUGCAACAGUCUCUUUUGUAAAAGGAAAGGGAGUAACCACUUCAGACUUGCACAGGGAUUCUUAGCAGAAGCUUGCCUGUCAGCAGCGCACAGAAAUAUUCAGGAUCUCCUGGAGCUGCCUUUUGCUGUUGAAGCAAAACCUUACACUUACAAAAGGUGAAUUUUAUUUAAGAUACUAUAUACGGGUUAAUUUUUCUUUUUUAAUGACACGUAUUUAAUUUCUUCAUGUAACUAUUUGUACAUAUGUAGCCAUGCAUGAGGUCUAACUUAGCUUUGUAAGGUAAGAGUGAAAGGAGUGGGCGGUCGUAAUUUUGUUCUCCAGUAAACGAAGACAGGUAUGUCUGCUGGGUAUUUUUAACAUCUAGGGAAACAACAUUAAUGAGUUAACAAAGGAUUAAGAAGUUUGGUGUCAACAGAGAAGUCUAUCAUAUGUCAAAAUAUGUUCUAUUUUAUCUGCGUUUGUUGCAUUAAUAGGUGUAAGUUACAGAUAAAUGUUAUUGCACUGGUUUUCUAACUAGCUUUGUUAGAGAACUCCAGCCAUGGGAUCAUUCUUUGUGUCAGAAGCAGCAAAUCAACUAAAUCUGAACUCCUUUGGCAGACCAGGAUUCAGUUAAAACUCAUUUGAAAGAACAUUCUCUCUGGGAGACUUCCAUAUUUCAUAGCUCCACAAUAUAAACUAGUUCAGUUGAAACAAUGCUAUGCUUUUGUGGAGAGGUUCUCCUCACUUGUUUCUAUCCUAUGGGAUGAUGGAUCAUUGGAUACUUUAUGCAAGGCAAGAAGGAAAUGGAAGAAUCUGUAUAGCAAUGUGUGUGUGUGUUCAUCUGGGUCAUUGAUGCUGUACUGCAGUGUCAUUGAACCUCUGCCAUGCAUUCAUACUUUUGGAUGGUCACACACAUUCUGUAUAUAUGUACCCAGCUUGCAGCAGCAGACAAACUUGGUACUUUUAUCUUCUAGAUUUUGGCACAAAACAGUAAACUUUUUUGACUGCUAUGCUUGAAGAACACAUUAAAAGUUGCCAUUAUUCAAGGAACUGAUUCAGCUUCUCUUGCAUCCUGUAAGAGAUGAGACAGACUUGUGUGGCUCUGAUAGCUGAGAGCCUGCAUGAAGUCUUUUGAUCCUCCACAAAUGUGAUUAGGUUCAGUGGGAUGUAGUACUAGAAGGAACAGAUAAUUACAUUUGAGAAAAGUUCUCUAAUCCUGCAGGUUUCAGACAAAACCAGAAAGAACUUAGCCAUACUUGAGAAGGUUUCAAGAGCCAGAAGAAAAUUCUUGUAGUAUUUACUUCUAUUAAGAUUGACUUAAAGCACAAAUUUAUAGCUUUCACUGGUUUUCAUAAGACUCAGUGAUUACCUACUUGCUCAAAGCACCUGUGUUCAAUCUCAAACGCCCACUGGAGUCAUCAUCAGAGAAGGAAGGCAAGUACUGGGUUGGGGCCUCAUUUGGCUAUUACUUGAGGGGCAUUAGACACAAAGUUUGAAAGGCCUGGGAACUUCAUGGUGUUUUUUCAUCUGCUUUUUGCACUUGCUGUUGUUUAAUAGUGGAGUGUAAAUUUCAUAAUAAAUAUACGUAACAAACCUUUUCAGUA